UGCUCUCUACCAUAACUUGAUUCUAGAAAUAUCACUCUCAUCAUCCUAGGACCUUCUGUCGGAGAGCUAUUGACGAGCAAACUGAAUAAAACAAAUUUACUGCUGUCUUUUGAUGACGGAGGAUUGUUUCGACCUUUCUUUUCCUAAAUAAGGUUUAACUAAUGCCAUACUUUAAAAAAUAGUGUUUACUUAGAGUUAAAAGAACUGUGGACUUUGACCCGUGUCAGAACAGCAGCAGCAACAUUCACAGGAAACAAAACAGCUGGGAGGACAAUCUUUGUGGAGUUGUAAAUUGGUUUGUUGUCGCUGUCCAUGGUGCUGAUGUUCCAGGAAUGGUGGAGACGCUAAGUAUCGCCGUUAUUGGAGCUCCCGGAGUCGGGAAAACUUCCAUAAUCCGUCAAUUUAUUUAUAAUGACUUCUCAGAGGGUUACACUCCAACCAGAGACAGGUAUGUGUACAGACCCUCUGUCAUUUUGAACGGUAACAUGUACGACCUGAAGAUUUUGGAUGUCCCGCCAAUUUCGUCGUUCCCCUCCAGCUCGAGCCAGGAGUGGCUGGACCUGCGUUGCAGAGGGGUGCGUAAUGCCAAUGCUUACAUCCUGGUCUAUGACAUAUGCUGUGUGGAGAGCUUUGAGUAUGUCAAGAUGAUCCGCCAGCAGAUCGUGGAGCACAGGGAGGGCAGCAGCAGUGAGGUUCCCAUCCUGGUAGUGGGAAGUAAGAGGGACCUGCAGCGCCAGCGCUUCACCCCUCGCAGGGCUGUCUCUGUACUCGUCAAGAAGACCUGGAAGUGUGGCUAUGUGGAGUGCUCUGCCAAGUUCAACUGGCACGUGGUCCUGCUCUUCAAAGAGCUGCUGGGCAUCGCUGUGGCGCGCGGCAUGAAACAUAACCACACCCCUGGGAUCCGCCUACAAGGGGCACUGCAGAGGAACCGCUGCGCUGUCAUGUGACCCAGUGGAUUCCCCCCGUUGUAGGUUGAAGUUGCCCCUAGGCGCUAAUUUGGGGUCGGUUUCACUUUCCCCCAGUAAUGGCUAAGGCUAGGGUUGAGAAAGGGGAACAGGAUCCUAGAUCUAUACCUAGGGGAAACUUCACCCCGGAACAGUUCCUCCCCCCCUGCAGUGUGUGCAAACCCACAGUUUCAUCCGCUGUCCAGUUGGCUGGUUUCAGAUGAUCCUGCACCUAUUCCAGAGCCAUAAGAGCCUCCCAGUCACACCUCAGGGUGAAUAAUAGGUAUAUGGAGAAGAUGACUUCAAUGUAAACGGCUGGAAAACACACUGAGGCCUCCUGCUUUACAGAGCUGAUUUUCUUAGGAGGUUUAUGUGACUCCUGCGCUGUAGCUACUAGGACUGACAUUUGGCCCAGUAUAAGAAGUACAUCUUUAUCACCUAUCGGAACACUCCAGUUCUGUCUCAAUGUUCCGAUUGAGAGAAAGGAAGAAGAGGAAGAGGAUGAAGAAGAGGGUUUGUUAAUGGAUUUAGAGAAGUGGAGCAGCUAUAUCACUUCCAUAGCUCUGGUCAAAGUUAGACACACAAUUAUCACCACACCACCAGGUGUGGUACCGAGCUCCCCAGAUCACAAGGCAACAGCCCCUCAUACUGAUGGUUAUCUGUUGGUUUGAGAGCUUGGGGACUGUGUGCAUCUCGUGGAAAUAGGUACCAUUACUAACAUGACUGUAUAUUUCCUCUCCAUAUUAGCUUAUACAUGUGAAGGAAUGCAACUUCUUUUAAAAGUCUUCCUUUUUCAAACCGUGUGUGGUAAUGUCAUGUGAGGUAGACAAAUGCCCUGGCUGUCGUACUUGAAAUUGCAUUAUUCUAAUGGUGAUAGAUGUAGAGUAGGAAAGCCUAGGUUAGAAGGGUAGUGUGGUAGCUGGUAAACAUAGGUGAGUCAACAAGAUAGAUGGCCUACUCUUGGUUUACCACAUGCACAUCCUACAUGCAGAAUAUUACGAAAUGCUCUGAGGCCAGGUUGAGUGGUACUGUAGCAGGACCAGAAACCCUUCUUAAGACAACAUAGUCCUCCAGAACACACGCACUAAGCAGUUAACCAUUUGAUCUCUUGCAGGUCACUUUUUUUCAAGAAUUAAACAAACAUUCACUAACAGUCAAACAUUCACUGUUCGAUACCAUUCUACUUAUUGUCACUAAUUGUGAUUGUUAUGAAAUCAUAGUACUGUCACUCCCUCUUCUCAUUUAAAGUGUAUUGUUUAGAGGAGGAUAUGAGGUUUUCUUGCAGCAAAAAACACUGCAGUCGUUA